AUGGAAAGACAGACAAAGGGAGAAAAAGCGAACGAGAGAAAGAGGAAAAGAGGGAACGAAACCAGAAAGAAAGAGAGAAACAUAGAAAGAGCGAAAGGAAGGAAGACAGUAAAGCAGGAAAGAAAAGUGGAAAAAGAAGAAAGGAGGAAGGGAGAAACGGAGAGAGGAAAAAGAGGGAAAAAUGGAAAUAAAGAAAGAAGGAAAGAAAGAAAGAACGGGAAGAACAACAAAAAUCACUUACAACUGUCUUCAUUUAAUCAACCUCAGGAGCCUAUGGAGAAUAAGAAAUUGAGGAGAGAGAAAAGAGAAACGAAAAGACAAAAUUACUCAGAGUCUGCGGCGCUCCCGCAAGAAGUAAGCUCAGGCAUUAUCGAUGGGCAGCAGCACACCUUGACGUCGUACAAGUUGAUUAAGCCUCUCUAG